GACAAUUUCGCUCUCAUGCCCAUCGCAGUAGACAGAAAUAUCCAAACAAAAUCAAUACUAUGUGUGUAAACAUGCAGGAAUCAUAUUUAACUGUAGAAUGAAAUGUUUGCUUUACUAUAACAGCUUGUACAAAGCAAAUACUGCGCACUACUUUGGGUGAAUUACAACUUGUACUACAAAUGGACAUGGUCACCCAAUAUCUUACAAUGGAUGAUGUGACAACAACAGGUUUGCCAAAUACGACAAACCAAUAUGAAAGCGGCAACAUAGGUUUUAAUGUGUACAUCUCCGACACUAUUCUUAUGUUCCUGACAACUCUCGCCAUCAACCUAGCUAUGGGGUGCACUCUGGAUCCCAUUGAUCUCAAACGACAAUGGAACACCCUCGGCGGGACGCUAGCCGGGUGUUUAUCCCAGUUCCUGAUCUACCCGGCAUUGACUUAUCUAGUCAGCCAUAUAGUGGCCCUUCCAGCUUCAUCCAGCAUUGGACUGGCUCUACUUGCCUCGUGUCCAGGGAGUGCUUUGACUAGUAUGGUGACGUACUACAUAGACGGUGACGUCUGCUUAAGUCUCUGCUUGACAGUAGUCUGCAGUGCAGUGUCAAUCGGAUUCACACCAGCAAUGGUUCAUAUCUACUCAAGGAGCUGGACUCAUAAAACAUUACACGUUGCUCUGUGGCCCAUGGCGUCCUCAUUAUUCCUCCAUGUGGUGCCACCUAUCAUCGGAUACGUCAUCAACCUCAAAAUGAAGAAGAUCGCAAAAGUUCUUAAAAUGAUCUGUAUUGUGAUUGGUUUGCUGAGUUUCAACAGCAACUGCAUUAUGCAAAUUAUAGCCAACGCCAGCCACAUGUCUGAGAUAACCUUCAACAUGGUCCUGUUAACACUCCUACUGCCCCUUAUGGGGUGGGGCUUGGCCAACUUGCUCGCCUGGCUGUUCCGUCAGAGCAUACGAAAACGCCGUACAAUCGGUGUGGAGGUAUUACUGCAUAACGUCCCGCUUGCGCUGGUCAUCAUCGGAACGGCGUUUCAUAAUUUCGACAAAAAGGAGGAAGUCUCGGCCGGCCUCGCCUUAAAUAUUCCGGUCAUCGAACUCUACGGAGUGCUGGUGGUGUUUUUUUAUUACUUACUACAUAAGACGAACUCCGAGGCAGUCGGGAGGAUGCCCAGAGCCGAGCCCGACUUACCCGAGUUAAGUGGAAAUGGUGCUGUGGGAUCUGAGGGAGGGGCACCCGAUUGGGCAGCUGUGGUGUUGGCUAAUUUGAAUAUGCAGACAAUGAGCGGUAGAGGGAAAGAAACAUCUCACAAAUAAAACAGAGUGGACAUUGCUGGGGUAAAGGGGGUAUCAGGCCUUGAGCUUAGCUCUCAAAGGGGCACAGCAAUUUUACUCUGAUAAGGGGCACUUAUGCCUUGCGGAGGCCACCACAGCAAGUGCCUGCACAGGGCACCACGGCUUUUGAAAA